CUGCCAUCUGCAGACAGUCCUCCAAGCCACGUCAUUGUUGUGUGUUGUGGUUGAGUGUAUCUGUAGUAAAUUAAUAGUUUUAAAAUGAAUAUCUUCAGGCUUUUAGGCGAUCUUUCUCAUCUAUUAGCUAUUAUAAUUCUUCUACAGAAAAUAUGGAAAUCGAGAUCAUGUGCAGGCAUAUCUGGCAAGUCACAGGUCCUGUUCGCAAUUGUCUACACAGCCCGGUAUCUUGAUCUGGUUACCACCUACAUCUCUGCCUACAAUACCACCAUGAAAGUCUUCUUCCUGGCAGCAUCGUAUGGGACCAUCUAUCUCAUGUAUAUUAAGUUUAAGGCCACCUAUGACCAUAACCACGACACCUUCCGAAUUGAGUUUUUGGUCAUUCCUGCAGCUGGACUUGCUCUAUUGAUCAAUCAUGCUUUUGAUGUUCUUGAGAUUCUGUGGACCUUCAGCAUCUACCUGGAAUCUGUGGCUAUCCUCCCGCAGUUGUUCCUGGUCAGCAAGACGGGUGAGGCGGAAAGCAUCACGUCGCACUACUUGUUUGCGCUGGGCAGUUACCGUGCGCUAUACCUACUUAACUGGAUCUACCGCUACUACGCUGAGGAUCACUACGAUCUGAUUGCUAUCGUAGCUGGUAUCGUCCAGACAGUGCUCUACUGUGACUUCUUCUACUUGUACAUCACCAAGGUAUUAAAAGGGAAGAAGCUGCAGCUGCCAGCCUAAGCACAUCGGCACAUGCCUACGCACGCAGCGUGGACCAUAUGGCCAAUCAUGGACAGCACCCGACAGUUUUGUAAUGUAACAGUUUUGACAAGCUGCCCUAGUGUGUGGAGUACGUUAUAGUACCCACUCCAAAUAGACUUGCACAUUGCAUAUAACUGCGUACGCAGCUUAAGUGAGGUCAUUUUAUUUGUAUCUACUUGGAUGAUGAGUGUUAUGAUAUGAAAUAAAUAGAUUAGACUUAGGUAGAUGUACUUUUAUUUGCCCAGUGUACAAAGCAAUGUAAAUUUAUUGAUUUUGUUGGCUUUUAAUGCUGUGCAACAAAUUUACGCACAUUUCAUUGUUUUUUGCAGUAUUUUUUGGUCCUUGUAAUCUGAUAAUUCUCAGGGUCUGCAGGUAAUUUCGAAAGUAAUGGGCACACAUUUUUUAAACAAGCUUAUGAAUAAGCAGUUUAUAAACUGUCAAAAUUUUUCUGUUUAAUUUACCGACUUUGAUAUAUUUAGUCUCAUCUAAUUUGUAUUGUUUAUUAAAGUAAGUCUGGCCAAAGGAUAUGUUUUUUUCAGAAAACUCGUAUGUUCUAAUAUUUUCAGUAAAUGCACUGAGAUGUAAAUGUUUAUUAUUUUAUAGACAUUUGUUUUCUUUGAAAAUUGUACCCAUUUUAACCAAUCUUAAGAAAUAGUAUUGUAAAAUGGAGCCCAAGAAGAUAGAAUAGGUCUGAUCAACGAUAUUAAUAUUAAUUUAGAAUCUUUAACUUUCUUAUUAAAGAACGAUAUAACAGCCUGUGGACCCUAUGUUUAGGCUUUUUUGGGCACGUUAGUCUUUAAUUGUUGUUAAUUUUCCUAUAUGUUUAUCUAAUGUAAAUAGCUUAAAUUAUAUAUUUAAUUAAAUCCAGUUAUCUUUGUUGACUACUUUUAUAAUACAUUGUAUUUGUCUUUUCAGUAUCUUUAAUUAGUCUUGUACCAAAUUCUGUUAACUUUCAUUUUUGGCACUAACAGUGUUUCUGUAAGUUGAGUGAACAUCUGUUGUGUGCUCUUUCAUAUUUUUUAUGUUUUGGGAAGGUUUUGUUAUAUUUGGGAUUUGUUGUAAUUUUGUAAGUAACAACUUUAAAAUGUUUUUUAUUUUUAUUUCAUAUACAUUAAUUUGUAUCUAAAUAAAAGUGAAAUGAAUUGAUUGUAGUUAUUCUCUUUUUCGAGGAAAAGAAAAUAUAUGUAGUAAAGAAAACAUAUUACUUAAUACGUUUCAAUUGCCAUCUCCAGAUCUUAUAUUUUUCAAGAUAAUGGCGUGAUCAAUGAAGUUUCAGUUUUAGUUGCAUAAAGGUACAGUUGCAUUGAGUAAGAAAAUUUCAGGCAACACAAUCCUGUUAUUUUAAUGUAAACGUACAAAUUUUUAAGUUAACACUAAAUUUUCCUGGGUUGUGUUAAAAGUUAAGAGAAUAUGUUGGUAGAUUACUUGCUUAGUAAUUUAUCAUUCCCAGGGCUAAGUAUUUCUUUUGAGGUGAUCUUUUAUUUUAUGUAAAGUAAAGAAAAUAAUAAUAAGAAGGAGAUGCCUACAAGUUAGUCUCUUCCACACUAUUAUUAACUGAAGUGGUACAAAAAUUGUAAAAAUUGUCAGUUAACAUAAUAAUAUAUGUGCAAUUAGUUUCAUUCCUUCCUUAUUAAUAUAACUUUCAAAUGCAUUGUAAAUAAUCUCAGCAUUGUCACAAUAAACUAUUUAUUGAGUAAAACGCAGUAAGUAUAUAUAGCUUAACUCUUCAUUUCCUCACAGCUUGAAUGGACUGCACCAGUCUCACUACUACAGCCCGAAAGUUAACUGUACAAAUAAUUUUCUUUAUCAUUAUUUUGUUUUGUCUAACUUUUGAAUUUAACUAACUGUGGUAGUGCCUAAUUUUGGGAAAGGUGUGCACUUAUUAUUUCAGUUUAGUUCUGCUGUGAUUUACAAAUUUAUUUUUAUUUUAUUAAUCAGCUUUCCACAAUAUGGCGUUUUCUUUUAGUGUUUUAUUAUUAGAAUACAUAAAUACUUAAGUCCGACAACAGUACUUACAGUUCAAGAAAUAUUAGAAGGGAUUGCCAGGAAGACAAGUCAAUGCACUUCCUUUUUAUUGAAAUAUGAUUAAAAGAUCCUAAUGGUUAGGAUAAAAAUCCACCAGUGCCUUGCUGCUUGGAAAACAUUCAGUUACUUUCACUCGUACAGUAGACUGUUGUAUAACCCAACAGAGGAAACAAAAUUGAUGAGUUGGCAAUCGUAUUAAGGAGACAUACAAGGGCCUGUGAAUUGUCCAUUUGAGCUGUGGAAACAGUACUAUUGAGAUUAAAUAAGAGUUGGGCAGAAAAUAGUGUAAAGACCACAUUUGAGUGAAAGGUUAAAACUGUUUUAAUUUUAUAUCUAAGCCAAAUACUUAGCAAUAAAAAGGCACAUGUUGAGUGCAAAAGUCAAUUUAGUAUGUAAUAUGAAAAUCAUUGACCUCAUGUUAGGCAGGUUUGAUGUUAAGCUCACUGGUUUAGUUUGAAGGAUUCACUUUUGUUAAUUUUAUAAUUUAAAAAGCGUUUGAAAUCUUGCUUUUUACAGAUUGAAAGAUUUUAUUUCUGUAAAUUCUAUGUAUGUAAUCAACAGUAGAAUUUGUUGUCAGUGAUUAAUUUAGAUUUAUAUUAACAAUUAACAAAUUUUGAGUUUGAAUAUUUCUAGAAAUUAUGUAGGCCAGAGGUGCUAAAUUAUUGUUAUCUUUUUCUGAUAACGCAGUUGUAAAAUAAUAACUUACUUUAGCUGCAAAAUAGUUAUGUAAUGAAUUGUGAAUAAACAUUUUUAAUGUA